AUGGUGAAGGAAUUUUUCCCGUUAAUGAUUAAAAACAUAUCCAAGCCGAAUAAACUAUCAACGACAUUCUAUGGACAGCUGAUCAAGCAGAGUACUUCAAAUAACAAUACUAGUUGUAUGCCAACAAAUAAUACUAUGUAACUGUUUAUGUAGACUACCGAUAAUACUCAAAGUAUCCCGUAAAUAAUUGAGCAAAGAAUCUUGUCUGACUUAAGUCCAGAGUCUUAGCUUUAGUCGACUAAAACCCAACAAAUUGAAUUAAAGCCACUGAGAGUAAACAAAGAUGCAGACUUUAUGAUCAGAAAUCACAACAAUAGCAACAUCAAGAUUGACAACAAUUCCAAUAACAUCAACGCGCAUAAUUACCCUAAUGGAGGCUAAAAGCAGCUGCUCGAUGCUAUUAAAAUGACUAAAUAUUAAAUUGAGAUGCAGGAGCAAGAUAACUUAUCCUCUAGACUUGCUAAUUACAUCAAUAGUUCUGCUAAAUUGGAUAGCUCAAAGAUAAAUUACCACAACGUAUAAAAGCAUAUUCAGUCUGGAAUGAUAACUUAGACUAAUAUUAAUCACUAACGACCUCCCUUGGGCAAUCAGAUUCAGAAAAUCAUUAGCAAGGAUCAGCUUUCAGACAGUCAUCCCAAUCUGUUUUCUCAAACUCUUAACAAUAACCAAUUUCAACUGUUCAUGAAUGGCAAUUAAAACUCUAAUAAGCAUACUUCUCCUUAGCAUAGAAAUAAACAGAAUCUUAGGAAGCAAAGUUCUGUUUCGAUUUAUGACAAUAAUAUGCAGGCUUAGGCCUAAGCAAUAUAUUAAGACUAGCAAUUUAAGAACCAUUAAACUCGGAAUGUUCCAGUAACUAAAACUUAGUAAGAAAUUGGCAAUGGCUAGUAUCUUAAGCCAAAGGUUCUAGAUUUCUAGCCUUAAUAAGGUUUGAGAAGUAUGAGUUAUGGAUCAAAGUUAAAGGAAAAAUACCUAUAGAAUCAUUUGAAAAGCUUUAAGAAUACAUAGUAGAAUUUCUGGAAUAACCAGCAGACUUAAAUCAUGGUACAGCAUGUACCUAAAUGA